AUGAAUCGCCUUCGAGCAGGCAAGGAAGCCGCUUCUUCGUCUGGAGUUCGCUGCAGAUUGGAAGCCAUUCUUACAAGGUACAGUGAAAUUUUCAAGAACGAACUUGGCACGAUUCGAGGGGAAGAGGCUCAUCUGUACUUGAAGGAGGAAAGGCGCCCAAAAUUUUUGAAGGCGAGAAGUGUGCCGUAUGCUCUUCGACCAGCAGUUGAAAAAGAAAUCAUCGAACUACAAGAAAUUGGCAUAUUGAGGACAGUUUGUUCAAGUGAAUUUGCGACACCUGUCGUACCCGCUAUCAAGCGCGAUGGGUCGAUCCGCCUUUGCGGAGAUUACAAGACUACGAUCAAUCCUAUGCUUGAUGUGGACCAGUAUCCUAUACCCAGAGUUGAUGAAUUGUUUUCGACCCUGGCAGGCGGAACAAGGUUCUCAAAAAUAGAUCUAAAUCGGGCGUAUCAACAAGUUCUUAUGAAUGAAGACUCGAGCAAGUUGCUAACGUUGAAUACGCACAUGGGACUCUAUGCAGUGAAUCGCCUUUUGUUAGGCGUAGCGUCAGCUCCAGCGAUAUUCCAGAAAAUAAUGGAUGGUAUCCUGAAGGGACUACCGGGUGUGAUAUGCUACCUGGACGACAUACUCAUUACUGAACGAACAGAGGAAGAGCACCUACAGAAUUUGGAGAAGGUCCUUAAGCGCCUGUAG